UGCACCUUUUAAGUGGGAAAAGAAGAAGAAGAAGAAGAAUACAUGCACAAGUUCAUCUUUUUGUAAGCAACAAAAAAUGAAUUGGCAAUGAUUGUAGAACCUUCGUUGAAAAGCUAAAAUGGACCCCAACUUACAGUACUGGCAAAGCAAUGGACAGUCUUUUCUAAGCAGACUGCGUCUCUGGUUCAAAAUCCUCGACCCCAGUUCUGUGUUGUCAUCACAGGCUGAAAUUGAGCAGGCCCGGACACUUCUUCAGAAUGAGGGACAUACACAAAGAAAGGAAAAAGUUGCUAAUGCCUGGUUACUGUCUCUUUCAUCUGUCCAUCCUGAUACUGGAGGUGUAAUCUCACCAGUGUUUCGUUCUCAAGUUUUUCUACCUAUAUCUGCUCCCUUGGUUGUUGCAAGUUUAAUACCCCACAAAGGCAUCAAACCUGCAUUGUUCUGGCAAUUUUUGCUUCAGACAUACUGUGCAGGAUUCAACCAUGCUAACAGAAAUGCAACAGCGACUAAGGAUAACAAAACGUCAAUGAAGCAGUCCAUUCUUAUUGUUGGAACAGCUGCCUACUCAACGUUUGCAGGGGCUCUUCCUCAGAUUAUACUCAAGCGUUUUAGACUCAUCGGUGCCGUGGCUGAGAACUUCUCUAGAUCAUUGUUACCUAUUCCUCUCUCAGCCUGUCUAGCUGCAUUCAGUGUAAUGGUGGUGAGAAGUGAAGAGGCCGAUAAUGGAAUACGAGUGUUUGAUUCUAACGGAAAUGCCAUUGGACUCUCGAAGGCAGCUGGAUCUAAGGCCAUAAAGGAAACGGCCCUUUCAAGAGCGGCUCUCUUUGGCACCACUGCAGCUGUUCCUACUUUACUGCUGGCUCUCCUUAAAAGGGCAAAGUUUGUCCAAAGGAACCCAAUGAUAAUCGCUCCUGUUCGGCACAUCAGUACUGCCAUUAUUUUUGGCCUGAUGAUUCCCGUGUCAUUCAGUCUUUUUCCACAGUUUGGCAAGAUAAAGAAGGAAAGUUUAGAAGAGGCGUUUCAGUCACUUGACAGUAACGGGGAACUGUUUUACCACAGAGGACUGUAAUGUUGCCAUUGGCAACUUUACUAUUUGACGAUGACUUUUAUUGACACUGAAAACAAAGUAUAUUAAAGUCCAGUGCAUUUCAACAACAUU